AUGAAGAAUGAAUCUCGUGUUUUCGCACAGCCACAGUGUCAGCUGCCUACUUCCCUCAUUAUGUGGUUAGCCCGAACACUUGUAACCCCUAAAGUGCUUAUUCUGUCCUCGUUGGCGGCCUGCGCCUACGGCGGCGGUGUCGGACUCGUUGGAGGCGGCGGCGGAUAUGGUCUUGGCGGUGGUCUCGGUGGCGGUCUCGGUGGUGGAUACGGUCUUGGCGGGGGAGGCUUCGGUGGUCUCGGUGGCGGAUACGGUCUUGGCGGCGGAGGCUUCGGCGGUGGCCUUGGAGGAUACGGACUCGGCGGAGGCCUCGGCGGCGGCUUCGGCGGGGGCCUGGUCGGUCUUGGUGGAGGCGGAGGACUCGGCCUCGGAGGUCUUGGUUUCGGAGGAUUCGGUCCAGGUGUCGCUGUAGCCGCUGCCCCCGUAGCCGUGGCCGCACCCGUCGCUGUUGCCCCAGUGGCUGUGGCCACGCCAGUCGCUGUUGCGAAGCCCGUCGCUACAGUGUCCUACGUGAAGCAGCCAGUGGUCCGUCUCAACUUUGUAACCAAGCCAGUGGUUAGCUACGUCAAGCAGCCCGUGGCUUCGGUGUCCCACCACAUCCGGCCAGUGGUCCACUACCCGGUCGGCGCUGUCGGAGUCGGAGUCGGAGGCGGUUUCGGAGGUCUCGGAGGUCUCGGAGGCGGCGGCGGUCUUGGCGGAUUCGGAGGUGGUUUCGGCGGACUUGGCGGAGGAUACGGCGGAGGACUCGGUGGCUACGGCGGCGGCCUUGGCGGUCUCGGCGGAUACGGCGGCGUCGGAAAGCUUGGCUAUGGCAAGAAGUAG